AUGAAACGAUGUGUAUAUUUCUUCUGGCGUCGAGAGAAGAGACUACCACGUCGUUUUCGUGAUGUUCCCGAAGACUUCACGGAACUGCGCUCCUCUGACUGCCGGCCGUUAGUUUUCACACCGAAGAGACCAGAACCAUUGCGGGAUGUUUCCCUUUCAGAUAUCAUCAUUGAUGAGUCGGCCAUGCAGACAUCUUCUCUGCAGGAACUUUCACAGCAACCAAUCGCCAUUCUUGAUCCCGAGCGGAUGGGAUUACCACCGCAUCUCGUCCAGUACUUAUAUCAACGUUUUUCCCGCGUGGAAGCCUCCAGUGAGGAUGAUUCUUCAUUUACGGCGAAGACGUCUGGUUUUAAGGGAUUGACAAUGGUCCAAGCACGUGCUCUUCAACACUUUUACGCCCGACAAGAUGUUGCCCUCUGUGCACCCACGGGAACUGGUAAAACCUUUGCCCUUUGUUUAGCGCUUGUGGCCCGAUUAAUGCGAGAAGGGCCGAUGAAACUUUUCUCUACUCUUGUGCUCGCGCAGAAUGAUCAUUUAUGCCGGCAGAUUGCCCACUGGAUGCGGGAGAUGUGGUGGUAUAAAGAUGAUGAUCGUCUGGUGUUUGCCGCCACAAGUGAUCUGCCGGAUCAUGUGAUCUAUCGUCGCCUUACUCGGGAGUAUUCGGGCCAAACAACAGAAAUGGGAAAACCAAUAACAAUUGAUCGACGGCCGUAUGUGUGUGUUGCCACUCCGGAAGUAUUUUGGAAAUUCUUUCAACGCCGUCAAGAGAAGUUACUGCGCCGUUCAAAGCAUUCCUUCUCUCUUACUCCCGUACUGCCAAGUUUAGAUCUUGUGGUGGUGGAUGAAGUGGAUGAUGUUUUGCCUUCUACACGCCCAGAUGCGGCGGGGAAUUUACUCAUGCGGGAACUCUACCGCUUUGUAAAGUAUCAAGCCCCCGUACAAUUGGUUUUUACAAGUGCAACUCUUGCCGGUUCAACCGUUAAUCAUGUGCGUCGCUUUUUAAAAAAGAGUGUGUUGGAAAGUAAAACUUCACGUAUCUUUGAGAGUGAAGUGCAGAGUCUCUCACGAAAUGUAAAAAUGACAGGUAGUCUCUCUAGAGUAAGUGUCCCAAGUGGGAUUGAACAUCUCUUCUACACAGCAGAUACCUUUGAGGAACAGCAGGAGUGCUUAAGGGCGGCAACUCAGGUGAAAUCAUCAUCAUCAUUAUCAUCCAGUGAUACCACUGAGGCUUCAUCAAAUAUACGUACAUUAAGAACUCUAGUGAUAUUGCCAGACUCUGCAAACACAGGAAUUUUUCUUAAACAGAUAUUAACACCUAUUCAAACAGAUGAUCGCUUUCAAGUUGAAAUGGUUGAAGAAUCUCGACAAGAUCGUAAGCGAAGAGAGGCAGAAAAAUACAUAAAACAACAUUCUUCUACUUCUUCAAAACUUUCACAAACAGAUACAGUAAAGAUAAAACCCACUCGUCUUUAUUUUAUUUGUACCGCAUCUUCUGUUCGAGGUCUUGAUAUCAAUGACUUAACACAUGUAGUGAUUUUGGCAACUCCACGAUCAGCCACGGAAUAUGCACAUUGGUGUGGACGUGUUGGACGUUUUGGAGGACAUGGUGUAUCUGUUGUUAUCAUGAGUCGAUCUGCAGUUCGUGGGAUUAGUGGUUAUUGUGAUGCACUGGGAAUUCCUUUCAAGAUGCAGAGACGAUAUGAUAAAAUUGACAUUCAUGAGGAAAGGCGUACACUUGGAUUGUAG